AUUCCAUAACAUAACCACCAGCCAAUAUCAUUGUCACAGAUUAAUAGGUUACAUAGUUUAGUUAAUAGGUUACGGAAUAGGUAAAUAGGUUUUUUUUGGAACUUUAAUUCUCUGCUCUCUACAAUUGCUUAUUGCUGUGGAAUCUGGUGGAAAUAACCAAAUGUUGGUUAUGCUGCGCAAUAGAUCCAAAAAUAACUGUUUGACAGCUGGAAGUGAGGUUAAGCAUUUUUCGUUUUAAUAAAUAGUGUAAGAAAGUCGAAUAUAGGUGUUUCUGAGUGGGAUAAGUGUUAGUUUUCCUCAAUGGCUGCUCUGGCUUCGCUAACAGCCACUUACACUGAUUCAGAAGGUGAAGAAGAGUUAAAUAAUGAGAAUUCCGAAAGCCAGGGGGUUGCUUUUCUUACAACGCCAUCAGGGUCUCCAUCUGACAACAAAUCAACUAAUUCUUCCCGCCCCAACAGCCCCGCUCCCGUACGCGUCAUAACCAAAGUAGCAAAAUUAGUGUCAUAUCAUGAUGAUAAUAUCGCUUCUGAUGAAGAGGGCGAACCUGAUGAUGCAGUGCCCCAUCAUGAGGUGAUCAUGUUAACCGAAAAUGAAACCUUGAAACCUGAAGAAAAAGAAACAAACGAAGACGGUGUACAAAUACCCCCAGAGCCACCAGGCCACUGCUCAGCAGAUUUACAAGACAAAAUCGCGAAAUUGUACGAAAAAAUGCAAAAUCAACAGCUAGACAUGAAUGCACUAAUCCAGAAACGGAAAGAUUUUAGAAACCCGAGCAUUUAUGAGAAGUUGAUCCAGUUUUGUGCUAUUAAUGAAUUAGGUACCAAUUACCCCCCAACAAUUUAUGACCCAGUGAAAUGGGACAAAGAAUCUUACUAUGAAGAACUAGCCAAAGUUCAGAAAAUUGAAAUGGACAAGAGGGAGAAAGAGCGAAAGUCCAAAGUUGAGUUUGUCUCAGGUACUAAAAAACAAGAGGAUGAUAAUAAAAAACGAAAAAGCAAGUGGGAUCAGCCAGGUGGGAAUGCCUUAGGAUCUCAAAGUAUUAAACCAGCUGGACUUAUUCAACCUUCCCUAACUAGCAGUGCAACGGGGACUAAAGGGACAGUUAUUUCAGCUUUUGGAUCGUUACCGAAAAAACCUAGACCGUAAUUCAGUGUGUAUGUGUUUGUAAAUAAAUAAAUUAUAAGCAAAUGGAGUUGGUUUGAA